AUGUUCGCUUUUCAAGUUGUUGCUGCUAUGGUUGCUGAAGAAGAAUCGAAUAAUCAAGGGCGGAGAAUAGGGUAUCGUGGCUCUAUUCUUGGCCAUAAUAUUGUCAAUCGUAAUAGAAAGGAAGAUCUUACUGAUGAAUAUCUUCAAAUUGGAGAAAGCAUUGUGAUAGAAAGUCUUAGAGCUUUCGUCAAAGCAAUCAUAGAAAUUUUGAAGCGGUGGCUUCACAAGAUCUUUGGAUAUGGCAUGUCUUUUUUGGAAUGCCUGGAUCAUGAUAUUAAUGUUCUUGAUCGGUCACCUAUCUUCGUUGCACUUGCUGAAGGUCAUAUUGCUCUUGUCAAUUAUACAAUUAAUGGGCAUGAAUAUACAAUGGGAUACUAUUUAGCAGAUGAGAUUUAUCUUAAUUGGUCAACUUUUAUUAAGACAAUCCCAAGGCCAUUAGGAGCAAAGAGAAAAUAUUUUGCAAGUAAGCAAGAGUCUGCAAAAAAAGAUGUAGAGCAGGCAUUUGAGGUGCUCCAAUCUUGUUUUGCAAUUGUACGUGGACCUAUUCGAUACUGGGAUGAAGAAACGCUUGCAAAUAUUAUGAAAGCUUGUAUAAUAAUGCAUAAUAUGAUUAUUGAGGAUGAAGGUGCAAUGAACCUUGGAUUUGACCAUGAACGUGAAGUCAAUUCCUUUAUAUCAAUGUCACAUGGUGAAAUACCAGAACUACAUGAUUUCCUUCAAACUCAUAAUUGA